AUGCCGUCCUAUCUCAUCACAGGCGCAAGCAGAGGAGUGGGCCUGGCAUUUGUCUCUGAGCUGCUCCAGGAUCCACAGAGCUUCGUGAUUGCCACAGCGCGCAAUCCGAACACACAGGGACUACUGGAGUUGUCCAAGGAGUACGCACGGGACCGGCUUGCUCUAGUCCCCAUGGAUGUUACUAACGCAGAGAGCGUGAACCAUGCGGUGACGGAGACGGAAGCGUUGCUGCAUUCUGUUGGAGGUGGGCUCGACUAUCUUAUAAACAACGCGGGAGUAGCACUGCAAGAGCUGAAUACGUUCGACAACGUCGACCUUGACAUCUUAGAGCAGGAGUUCCGCGUCAACUCAAUCGCCCCGCUGCGCGUCACUCGUGCGUUCCUACCACUGGUCCGCAAGGGUCAAAUGAAGAAGGUCGCAUUCGUGUCGUCCGACCAGGCGUCGCUUGAGCUUGCGCCGCACUUCGUCGGCCUGGCCGAAUCAUAUUCCCUCACGAAAGUCGCGCUGAACAUGCUGGGCCGAAGCUGGGGAUCGACCCUUCGCGCGGAGGGCAUCACGAUGAUACUCCUUCAUCCGGGCUGGGUGGAUACUGACAUGGGCGUGACGAUCGACACGUACAUGCAGGAGCACCAACCGAAUAUCAAGAAAAUUACGCCGCAUACAUCGGCGGCAGGAUGCCUCCGUAUGGUUAAGGAGGCUAGACUUGAAGACGGAGUACAGUUUCGGAAAUGGGACGGAGGUGUUAUACCCUGGUAG